AUCAUCCGACACCGCUUUUUGUCAAUUGACACCACUUGGCACUUGGUGACCACCAAAUUCUUGCCUCUAGCUGCUUUCGGCCGUUGCAUGCUAGCAUGUCGUUCCUAACUCGCUGUCUUGACGCUUGUCGAAACCCGUUCACCUCAAUAGGGUCCGUGCGUACUGCUACCAAACGCGCGGGAGGAACGGUUCACAAUCACGGUGGCUCUCCUGGUAAACGUUUGGGGGUGAAAAAAUUCUCUGAUCAAUAUGUUAUCCCCGGAAACAUAAUUGUUCGCCAGCGCGGGACUCUCUUCCAUCCCGGAGCUCAUGUCAAAAUGGGGCGGGAUCAUACUAUAUACGCGAUUGCGCCAGGUUUCGUGCGGUUCUACAAGGAGAAAUGGAUGCGGGGAGAACGCCGGUACGUUGGUCUCGUGCUACAGCGGGGAGAGGUACUACCUCGGGACGAAUCCUCGUUUGGCCGCAGCCGGUUCUGUGGGCUAGUGAACUUGAAAAGUGUUACUGCUACAGAAACAAUACAGGCAUAAUACAUCAUUCUUCUGUUGCGUCUCGAUUCACCCGCGUUCCAUCGACGUCUACCCAGGAUAACAUUGGGCAGAUAUCAGAGUUCUCUCCGAGAACCUUGAGGAUUGCCUGCAUCGUCCUCGUUGGAUGGCUAGUCACCUCAAUGUUCUCGAUAUGGGGCAAUGUGCGCAGCAGAAACGAUAUUCUGUCGCACACCUGGUCUUGGCACUCGAACUUGUGAAACCGCAUCACGCGCAAAUUGGGACACUUGGGGACCCAAGUGGAGUUGUGAAUGGCGUGAAGAAAAUCAUCGAAUGCUCGCCCGUGGAAGACCCCCAGUUCGAGGGUCACCAAUGCGGGAGUGUUCAGAGCUUCGAAAAAUGGGGCACAGUCACUCUCAUCCCCUGCAUCCGUCUUGGCUGGGUGGAGCGCUGCGAAUUUCAAUUCUUGUAUGGUCGAAAUUCGGGCAGAAUCUUGGGCUAGCUGAAGGCGCAUGGGUGGAACAACGAAGUCGACGAAUUCCAACGUCUGUGGGCCAUUGUCGCAAGCAGCGUACUUCCCUGAAGGGCCAACGUAUCGCACUGGUGCCGGACAUCUCCAAGUGCCCCACUCCGUCGACAGACGCGAGUGGAAUACAACCACGAAAUCCAAGCCCUGCCCGGGGUGGCAUGAUGGUAAUACCCACGACGCCCACAUUGGGAAACGACUCGUUUUCCAGGCUGAGCAGCAAGAUCCUCCAAACUGCCGAGCUAGCCGUUACUUUGAGAGUGUGGCACCUAUAAAGAUUCGAUUUGAAUAGCCCAGUAGCGAACGCUAGCAGGUCCUGAGGGUCAACGACCACCGGGUGUAAAUCCAAAUUCAUUGAGAUCAAGCGCUGGCCAGCACGAGCGAGUUGUGCGGAAACCAGGUCAACAUGCUUUACAUCCGUGUUUCGGAUGGUGAUGUUGAGCCAAAGACUCGAGUCUCCAAAUGCCGCCUCUUUCCAUGAGCGACAGACUUGGGAGACUCGAUAAAGUUGACGGGUGUCGGAUGAGAGAUGAGCGAAGAUCGAAGCAAGGAGUUCGACGGGAAAGUCCCCGAGUAUGACCAUGGCUUGAAUAGAGAGUUAUGGUUCUGCA